AUGAGCGAUCGAAUGGAAGAAAAAAUUUUAAAUAGGACGAAAGCUCCAUCACUAAAUCAUGUGAAAAAUUUAAAUUGCUGGGGCUGGAAAAUAAACGAUUUAUCCAUCAUGAGGCGGAUGCCUAGUUUAAGAGUAUUAAAUUUAAGCGUAAAUGACAUUACUAGCUUACAACACUUACAAGAUUGUCAUCAACUAGUUGAAUUAUACCUACGAAGGAACAAAAUACAAGAUUUAGACGAGCUGCAAUAUCUAAAAAAUUUAAAAUAUUUACGAGUCAUUUGGCUUUCAAACAACCCUUGUGUAAAUAUCGAUAAUUAUCGUCAGAAAGUGAGUUUAAUUUUACCGCAAUUAGAAAAGCUCGAUAAUCAGAAAAUCCCAAAAAGAGAUGACUGGGAAGAUAGUGAUCAUGAGUCAGAAGAAACUAAUAACAAAACUACAUCAAAAGGAAAGCAUGCAAGUGGAAAUCAUAAAUCGAGAAGCAAUCCCAAAACUGCCAAGCCUAGCCAUUUCACUAGUAAACUUAAUUCAGAAGACUUGGAAAUGGUCAUACUAAAAGCUCAAGAACAAGUAGACAAGCAAGAUUCUAUAGAAACUCAUGGAUCAGAUAACUUAGACACUAUUGCUGAGAUUGAGUGA